GCGCCCGCUCCUGAUUGGCCGCCGCCACCGUCACGGGCCGGGCGCUGCGAGAUUGGCAGAGCCAGAGGCCGGAGCCGGAGUACGGACCCGGGGCGACCGAUCGCAGUCCCGGAGCCGAGGGGCUGGCGUGGACACCAAAUCCCAAGCCCACGCUGGGAGUCCGGCCGGGAAGCGCGCACCAUGCCCUACGUGCUCAUCAGCACCCAGAUCCGCAUGGAGGUGGGUCCCACCAUGGUGGGCGACGAGUACUCCGAUCCAGAGCUGAUGGAGCAUUUGGGGGCCUCAAAAAGAGGCGUCCUGGGGAACAACUUCUACGAGUACUACGUCAGUGACCCUCCUCGAAUAGUCCUGGACAAGCUGGAACGCAGGGGCUUCCGUGUGCUGAGCAUGACAGGGGUGGGCCAGACGCUGGUGUGGUGCCUGCACAAGGAGUGACCCUCACUGUGAGGCGUGGACAGGGCACCCCGUCUCUGAGUGGUUGCCUGUGGGUCCUGAUCCCAAGCCCCGCCUCACUCACUGCCCUGCCCCUCUUCCCAAACUGUCACUUCCCUUGGACCAGCACCACUGGGCAGUGAAUGGCCUCUGAAACCUGCUCCCAGCUGCCCCUCCACCUUCCAGCUGGUGAGGGUUCUGGAGGAGUCCAUGCUCAUGGGCAGGCUGAGGGGCUGGCAAGAGCCAGGCUAAGCCAAUAAAGGGCCGUGAUGACUGGUUGA